AUGGAGACGUUCACGUACUCGGGUGAUGGACCAGAUCGUCUCCCCCUUAAUCGCUGGCUUCGGGAGAUUGAUAUCGCGAUCGCGUCAAGGUUGAUUGACGCUCCGACGGCCAAGGUUAAUUUCCUGCUAUCACGGCUUGUCGGCAAAGCCAAAGAAUGGGCCCUUGGGAAACUCGUUGUUGACGAGUUGGCGUUCCUCACGUUGGACGAGAUCCAGCGCAACUUACGACUGGCGUUCGAGCCCCCCUCAAGAUGA